GACCAUUCUUCACUUAAAUUCCCUCUGUCAUCUACUUUGAUAUUGCUUGUCAAACUGAAUACAUGUUUAGCUUUUCAAACAUCAACCACUCUUAUCUCUAAAAUCAAUUAUACAUUUACAGGCUUUCUCUCAAUCUCUCCUAUCGGAAAUAUCUGUGUACAUUUUGAGUCAUUGAUCAUCAAAGUUUGCAAUGACAAAGCCUGGCAACAGGAUCAUUCAAGCCAAGCUGGUGCUUUUGGGGGACGUGGGGACUGGGAAAACCAGUUUGGUCUUAAGAUUUGUCAAGGGCCAGUUCUUUGAUCACCAGGAACCAACUAUAGGAGCAGCAUUUUUCACACAGAUUUUAUCGUUAGCUGAAGCAACUGUGAAGUUUGAUAUAUGGGACACAGCAGGUCAAGAAAGAUACCAUAGCUUGGCUCCAAUGUACUAUCGCGGUGCAGCAGCAGCAUUAGUUGUGUAUGAUAUCUCAAGCAUGGAUACAUUCAUUAGAGCCCAAAAGUGGGUUCAAGAACUGCAAAGACAAGGAAACCCAAAUUUGGUUAUGGCAUUGGUGGCAAACAAAUUUGACCUGGACUCGAAGAGAGAGGUGCAGAAUGAGGAGGGGGAUCAAUUUGCUCAAGAGAAUGGGAUGUUUUUCAUAGAAACAUCUGCAAAAACUGCUCAUAACAUUAAUGAUCUUUUCUAUGAAAUGGCAAAAAGAUUGUCAAAAGCUCAUCCUCCCAAACCUGCUGGUGUGAAUCUAAACGAUGAAACACAAAGUAGAACAAGAAAACUUCUUUGUUGUUCUGGGUGAUAUGCGGCAUCUAGAGUCCCUCUAUAACCGCUUGUUUCAAGCUCUCUUGGCAUUGAUGUAUAAAGAAGUAUAACUGCUUUUGGAGAGAUGGUCAUUCCUUCCUUGCUUCCCUUUUCCACCACAGAAAAAUCAAGAUUUUGGUUUCUCUAAAGUAUAACUGCUUUUGUACAAGUUGAACAUGAAUCUUUGUAAAGGAACUGCUUACAGGAAAUAAAUAUCAUAUAUAUAUGCAUUGCAUUUGACUGCAA